GUGUGAUUGGCGUAAUUGCAGUUUAUCAGCGGAGGGAGCUGGAGAGUAGACGUGUAUGAUUGGUUGAGCAGCUGUCCGUCAGCAGUGGCGGCUCAUCAUGGUGUCUCUCGGCUUGUUGGCCCUGAUCCUGAUCCCCUCUGGCUUCGCCGAGGUUCAUUUCUCCACCCUGACGCACCUAUGGCCGGCCGUGAGUGACGAGGUGCAGACCGAGGCCGCGCAGGAGCUGUGCCGUCGGCUGCUCGGGCCCCGAGCCGGCGAUUUCGUGCUGACGGUGAAUCGGCGGCUGGCGGGAGCCGAGGCCCAGGCCCAGACCUUCGAGUUGAGCUCGCUGCCCGAUGGCCGGGUCUGGGUGGUGGGCAGCACGGGUGUGGCGGCAGCCAGUGGACUCUACUGGUACCUGCGCGCCUUCUGUGGCUGCCACGUUUCGUGGUCUGGGCGGCAGCUCAGCUUACCCACUCCACUGCCCCGGCUCCCCCGACUGCUGAAGAUCACCGCGCCCGACAGGUUGCGUUACUAUCAGAAUGUUUGCACGUAUAGCUAUUCAUUUGUUUGGUGGAACUGGGAGCGAUGGGAGAAAGAGAUUGACUGGAUGGCAUUGAGUGGCAUUAAUCUCGCUUUGGCAUUUACUGGUCAAGAAGCCAUAUGGCAAAGAGUAUACCUUUCACUUGGACUCACUCAAGCUGAAAUUAACAACUUUUCUGUUGGGCCUGCAUUUCUUGCGUGGGCACGUAUGGGUAAUAUGCACAGCUGGGCAGGGCCAUUGCCAAAUUCCUGGAAUAAAAAUCAGUUGAAUCUACAGCACCAGAUUCUUCAGCGAAUGAGAUCUUUGGGCAUGUUGCCAGUCCUUCCUGCCUUUGCUGGAUUUGUUCCUGCUGCCUUCACCAGAUUGUUUCCAAAAGAAAACGUCACAAGGCUAGGGAACUGGGGGCACUUGAACUGUUCUUAUUCUUGCUCCUAUCUGCUGGAUUCUGCGUCGCCCUUUUUUCAACAAAUAGGCAAGAUGUUUCUGUUGGAGCUAAUUAAGGAAUUUGGUACCAACCAUAUUUACAGUGCAGAUACAUUCAAUGAAAUGAUACCAAGCUCAUCAGACCCUAAAUAUUUAUCUUCUGUCAGCAAUGCAGUCUUCAAGGCAAUGACACAAGUGGACCAUUCGGCAAUUUGGCUCAUGCAAGGAUGGCUUUUUCUGACAGCACCUUCGUUUUGGAGGCCAACCCAGGUGAAGGCCUUGUUGCAUGGAGUGCCUUUGGGGCGGAUGAUUAUUCUGGAUUUAUUUGCUGACGGCAAGCCGGCUUAUUCACUUACAGAAUCUUUCUAUGGACAACCUUUCAUAUGGUGCAUGUUGCACAAUUUUGGCGGCAACACAGGAAUGUAUGGAACAGUGGAAACUAUCAAUAGAGGUCCUUUUGAAGCAAGGGCUUUUCCAAAUUCCACCAUGGUGGGAACUGGAAUAACACCAGAAGGUAUUGAACAAAAUGAUGUUGUGUAUGAACUAAUGAAUGAAAUUGGCUGGUGCAAAGAGCCAUUAAAUCUCACAAAGUGGGUAAUGUCAUAUGCACAGAGACGGUAUGGAAAGAAAAAUGAUGCCGCGGUAGCUGCCUGGCUGCUGCUGUUCCGAAGUGUCUACAAUAACACUUUCUAUUCGCAAGGCCACAAUAGAAGUCCAUUAGUUCACAAACCCUCUUUGAAGUUGCAUACAACCUUAUGGUACAACAAAAGUGAUGUUUAUGAAGCAUGGAAUCAAAUGCAAAUGGCUGUUUCUGAACUGAACUCCAGUGAAACCUUCAGAUAUGACCUUGUUGAUGUUACAAGACAGUCAGUUCAACUUUUAGCUUCAGAAUUUUAUGAAGACCUCAAGAAAGCAUUUCUGCAAUAUUCUAUUGUGGGGCUACAGACUUUGGGAAAUGCCUUGAUUCAUAACCUACUCCCUGAUCUUGAUGACCUCUUGUCCAGUGACAGGCACUUUUUAUUGGGCCAUUGGUUAGAAACAGCUAGAUCUUUAGCUGCAACUGAAAAAGAAGCAAACCUCUACGAAUUCAAUGCUCGUAGUCAAAUUACUCUUUGGGGACCAAAUGGGAAUCUUUUGGAUUAUGCCAACAAGCAGUGGGGUGGUUUGGUUAAUGGCUAUUAUGCACCACGUUGGGAACUCUUUAUAUCAUCACUGAUCGGAUGUCUCGAAAUGAGAAUUCCAUUCAUUCAAGCCCAUUUUGACCAAAUGGUCUUUAAAGUUGAACAAAACUUUAUCAUAAAUAAAGUGAAAUAUCCAGAUAAACCAGUAGGAAAUACCAUUGAGAUCGCAAAAAAAAUAUUUCUGAAAUAUUAUUCCAAAGCAAUGAAAAGAAAUAAUUCAUGACAAAUCCAAUUUUGAUCACAAUAAUGUUUGGUAAGCAUUAACAAGAGUGAUCUCUUUGCUUGGCUGUAAUGUGAUCUUUUGGGUAUACAGUGCAACCUCCAUAACAUGGAUGUCAGAGGGCAACAUUAAUAUCCAUGUCACAAGCUGUGUGUAUUAUAAAUGAAAUUAAUAUGAACUCAAUUUUGGAAUCUUCAUUCUUCAAAGAUUAGCACCUCAGUUCCAUUUCCAUGACAUGGCUCCAUGUCCCAUGCACAUUCUCUUGCACCAGAUUCCCAGGCUCUUUCCAGAAGCUAUUGCUCCCUGCUGAGUACUGUCAUUGUCAGAGGGACUUUCUCAAACAAAGGCUUGUUACAUGGUGCUAGGAUCAUUAUUGCCUCCCUGGAAUAAGUGAGUCACAGCUGAGCACAAGGGACAGGCUGAGUAUAUUGGAACGAUAACAUCCCAUGUAACUGCACAGGGCAGAAGGUAAGAUGCAAACAUUGACUCUCAUUGGAGGAUAGGUCCCAUGGAAACUGAUUUUCAUCAGGGGAUAGUUCCUCUCACUGACUCUCAGUAGGCAAUGAAUCUGCAGACAUUGACACACUGGGACACAGAUCCCGCAGACACUGAUUUUUUUUUACGUGUUUUUACAAUUCAUUUGCUUCAACUCUGCACGGUCAUUUAAUCCAUGGAUUUCUCUUUUUAAAUCUAAUAGAGAACCCAACAAAAUGUACAGAAUAGUCCUUGUCCACCAUAUUGCAGUGAAUUAAUCAAUCUUAGGGAACAAGGCAGUACCCAAAAUAAAUUUGUAAGCAUCAUAUAUGGAGAUUGCACUGUACUUAAAAUUAAAAAUUGUCAGCUAAAUGCCACAAACAUCAACCUUAAGAAAUAAGAAUUCAACUUAAUUUUCCAAGAAUUUAGCUUUUUGGUUAACUUUUUUUUAACCAUCUGGGAAAACUCAGCAUAUUCACUUUCUUGAUUGGCCAUGCUGCUUGAUUAGUGACUCAGAUCAAUCAUCUCCAGUAUGGGUCUGGUAGAUGGAGUCUAACUCAUUAACAGUUGAUAACACAUUGCAUUCUUUUUAACCUACUUUAUCUAAGAAAUUAUCUAACUAAUUAUCCAAAAGAUGAUGGAGAAAGCACAUUUCCUUUUCCUGUAGCUUUUCGAAAAGUGUACCACACAUCUAAUAGUAGUGUGAUGGUAUUGGUGGUGAGAAUAAAAUUUGGUUUAGAGCACAAUACACAAUCCUUUGACAAUAUGCAGCUGACCUUGUGUUUCCUUCUGGCUUGCCUUUGACAUCAGGCAUUGGAUGAGAAUGUACAAGGCAUGGUUAGUAAGUUUGCAGAUGAUGCUAAAAUAGGUGGUGUCGUGGAUAGUGAAGAUGUUUAUCAAAAGUUACAGGGGAAUCUUGAUCAGCUAGGUAAGUGGACUGAGGAACGGUCAGUGGUGUUCAAUCCAGGUAAGUGCAUGUUGUUGCAUUUUGGGAAGUCAAACCAGGUAGGACUUUCACAGUGAAUGAUAGGGUCUUGGGGAGCAUUGGAGAACAGAAGGACCGAGGAGUACAAGUACAUAGUUCCCUAAAGCUGGUGCCACAGGUGGACAGGGUAGUGAAGAAGGCAUUUGGCACACUGGCCUUCAGUCAGGGCACUGAGUAUCGGGGGGGGGGGGGUGGCUGGUUGGGAUGUUAUGUUGCAGUUGUAGAAGACAUUGGUGAGGCCACACCUGCAGUAUUGUGUACAGUUUUGGAUACCCUGCUAUAGGCACAAUGUCCUUAAGCUGGAAAGAGUGCAAAGAAGAUUUAUGAGAGUAUUGCCAAGGCUCGAGGGCCUGAGUUGUCGGUAAAGGUUGGGCAGGCUAGGACUUUAUUCCUUGGAUUGUGUGAGAUUAAAGGGUGACCUUAUGGAAGUGUAUAAAAUCAAGGGACAUAGGGUGAAUGCACAGUGUUUUUCCUAGGGAAGGGGAAUCAAAAAUAGAGGGCAUAGGUUUAAGAUGAGAGGGUAAAGGUUUAAAAGGGACCUUUGGGGGCAACUUCUUCUUGCAGAGGGUGGUCCAUGUGAGGAACAAGCUGCCAGACAAAGUGGUUGAGGCAGGUACAAAAACAACAUUUAAGGCAUUUUCACAGGUACAUGGAUAGGAAAGGUUUGGAGGGAUAUGGGCCAAACGUGGGCAAAUGGGACUAGCUUAGAUGGGCAUCUUGGUUGGCAUGGACCAGUUGGGCUGAAGGGCCUGUGCUGUAUGACUCACUGCCAUACUUAUUGUAUCUCAAUCUUUGCAUCCACAAAAUCUUCACAUAGAUCAAUACAAUAAACGUGUCUAACUCACUUAGAAAGGUAAUCCUUGUUUACUAUUUUUAAAUGUGCCGCUCUAACUGUUAAAAGCUAAAGUACACUCUGAAUUAUAUCCUGAGUGACCUUCAUUGAUCCAGUGUGAUAUUGCUGGCUUAACUAAUGUCACAUUAAUGCCUCGUGCAUGCUAGCUAAGCACUCUUUUAAAAAAGUGAUGAUUUAUUUUGAAAGAAAUUAAGAUGUUUUUAAAUAAUGCCUGUCUUGCCCUUUUCAGAACUACAGCCAAUAAAAUACUUGGAAUGUACUCACUGUUGUAGUAUAGAAAAUA